ACCAAGCUUCCACUUCAAUAUGUCGACUGCAACUCACCACCUGCGGGCUUCCUUGCGACGGACAGCCUCAUUGAGGCGACUUUCCUCCUCGUCAUUGUCCCCAAAGGUUACCCUUCCACCAGCUAAGAUGCGCUCGCUCGUAUCUCUCUACCAUCAAGCAGAAACCUUUAUAACGCCGCAGAAUCUGUCGACGGUCAUUGACUACGAAUUCAUCUACCGCCGCCAAAAAAUCACCAGUCUGCGCAGUGACGAGGACAGCUUCUACGACCUCCAGGCAGAGUUGGCGUCCCGGAAGAUUCAGCCAAAGAUUGGCGAGGCGAACCAAGCCCGCACACAGUCGGAGACCAGCCGCGAUUGGAGCGAGAAACGAAGUGAGCGGGAGAAUAAGGUCGUCAACGCGCUUUAUGGUACAGAUGGAGGGAGGCCCGGCUUCGACGUAUUGGAGGAGGAAGCGGACUACAUCAAGGACCUGUUACGCCGGGAUGACAAUGCGAACCGCAGUGCAUGAGCGCUCCACUUGGGCACACAGUGCUCAUGGUGCCGUUGACUAGAAGGGAGGAUUCCGGCACCUAUCCUGCUGUCGGUCGCCAGGGCUGAUUCAAUCCGUAUGGAGGUCAAGCGGACCCACAGCUGUCACUCUUCGAUGCUACAUGUAAACGAAGUUCACUACUCAGCGCAGCCCUACGCUGCUGGGGCACAGCGCACAGAACCUUGCAAAAAUAUAGUCGGUUUUGCAGGAAUGUUGUUUGUUUGUCAUACCCUGUCCUGAUCGAUAGUUUUGCCAUGGAGUGCUCGCAACCUGUGCGUUCGCAUUGACUUGAAUCUCAUGGUGAGG